GUAACAUGAAAUGAAAACGAUACAAACUCGUUGGUCGGUAGUCGAUUUCUUCAACCAUACGGAGCUUCUCCAUCACCCUGUCACAUCCCAUCGCUUCCCUGUCCAUCAAGCUUCUGAUGGAAUUCCUGCCUCAUGCGUUCUUGCACAAUGUGAUGUCUUGGGUUUACCUGUUCGAGUCCGUCCCGAAAGGCCCACCUUGAAGUGAUAAAUCAUCUACAGGACCUGGCGGUGUACUAGGACACAGGUCCAGACAGAUCAAUCGAUCAUAUGCAUAGUCGUGGGAGCUCACGCACAGCGAAACAAGGGCAGUUUCAGGCAAGUUUCAGGCGCCAACUCGUUCAAGCUGAGCUUGAAACCAUGGGUGACUGCGGCUGGCAGGACAAUUGCAUGCAGCGUCACACCUCCAGUACCUCUACUAAACCUGUUACCAUACCCAUUUCUCUAAGUAAAUACAAUCACAUUAUUAUGAACGCGAGACGGGUUCCUCCGCAAGGAGCGCCUCCGCCUUAUACCUUCGUGAACCGCGUCUAUGGCAGAAGUCUGCGUCCUGUUGUUCUUGCAUUUGCGGUAAUGGGGACCAUAUGGGCUUUAGCAUGGACGAUUGCAUCUUUCAAAGAGCUACAAGUUGAUCAAAAUGGUGCCUAUCCUAAACUAGCACCAUUGGCUAUAGUCCAAGGCGUUAUCUAUUCCGUUGCACUCGCGAUAGAAAUCUUCGGCAUUUACAGCUUGUUGACUCAACGUGCCUGGAUGGUUAGGAUGUAUGCGUUUUCGAGCGCUAUCGCAGGUCUUCUUGUCGUUGGCGUCGGCUUUAUGCGUUGCAUCACUCAUUUCACCUACAAGGGUGAACUCCUAAAUGAAUGCAUUAGUGUUUCAAUGAAUGGAGAAGUGGAUACUGCAUUCGGAAUAUGGGGCUCUAACCCAAGCCCGAUGGACCAGGCCUCGGCUACGUCUUAUUGCAAUGACGAGUGGAACCAUGAUUCGUGGACUGAGAUCUUGGCUACUAUAUUCGAGAUCGUUCUUUGCCUAUUGUUCACAUCCGCUGCAUUUGCCUAUUACCGUCAAGUGGUUGACCCUACGAGCCCUGCGAAUGCCUUGAGGGCACCCUCGAACCAGGCGCGAAUGGACCUUUUCCCGCCACACUACAACCGACCUUAUGAUCCCGAAUACCAACCAGCCUACGCUCCGCCGCUUGGACCACCACCUUCCGACGCCAAACCACCUGAUUACUCUUACGCGGGUGGAGAGUAUUUGGGACAUGCGUAUGAGAAGGAUGACAAAAAGGACGACGACCCAUUUGCAGACUAUGAAGGACCUAGCGUACCCCGACCGCUACAUUUUGCCGAGGACCGAGGAUAAGGAUAUAGGGAUAUGAGGGGUGCUUGAUGGAUUUAUGCAUCUAUUUGUGGGUCAUUUUUCGAUGUCUUACAGUGUUGUAUGAUGCUGUAUCGAUGAACUUUCCUAUGUAAUACCACUCGAGGGACUUUGACUAUGUCUCUUCUUGCAC